CACAACAGACGACAAAAUUGUUAAAAAUUAAAAAUAGUAUUAGAAAAUCUAUGCAUUGUUCGCCAAAGCUUUGAAUGGAUAGUGAUUGAGUGAGACAAUUGAUUAUUGAGACUUGAGAAUGGAAGACCAAGUAGUUGAAGAGCGCUUAGCUGAUAUUGAAGAUGAUGAUGAGGAGUCUUUUUUUCAAGAUAUUGACUUAUUACAGAAUCAUGGCAUUAAUGUUGCAGAUAUAAAAAAGCUGAAACAGUCUGGAAUUUGUACAAUUAAGGGAAUACAAAUGAACACAAGAAAAAAAUUAUGUGCCAUUAAAGGAAUCUCUGAGGCCAAAAUGGAAAAGAUUAAAGAAGCUGCUGCUAAACUUUGUGGGGAUUCAGCAUUCCUUACUGCUCUGGAAUAUUCAGUUAAAAGAAAGCAAGUUUUUAAAGUGUCUACAGGAAGCCAGGAGUUAGACAAGCUACUAGGAGGUGGUAUUGAAAGUAUGGCUAUAACUGAAGCUUUUGGUGAAUUUAGAACUGGAAAAACACAGCUUUCACAUACAUUGUGUGUGACAACUCAGAUACCUGGUGCUAAUGGGUACUCUGGUGGAAAAGUAGUUUUUAUUGACACAGAGAACACUUUUCGUCCAGACAGAUUAAGGAGCAUUGCAGAUAGAUUCAAUGUUGAUCAGUCCGCUGUGUUGGACAAUGUUUUAUAUGCCAGAGCUUAUACAAGUGAACAUCAGUAUGAGCUAUUAGAUUUUGUAGCAGCCAAAUUUUAUGAAGAGCCUGGAGUGUUUAAAAUGCUGAUAGUCGAUUCCAUUAUGGCACUUUUCCGGGUAGACUUCAGUGGAAGAGGAGAAUUAGCUGAUAGGCAACAGAAACUGGCUCAACUUUUGUCAAGGCUGCAGAAAAUUUCAGAAGAAUACAAUGUUGCUUGCUUUGUAACCAAUCAGAUGACAGCAGACCCAGGUGCCACCAUGACCUUUCAAGCAGAUCCAAAAAAACCAAUUGGAGGUCACAUAUUAGCACAUGCUUCAACAGUUCGGUUAAUGUUGAGGAAAGGUCGAGGGGAAAACAGGAUUGCCAAAAUCUAUGAUAGCCCUGAUCUUGCAGAAAAUGAAGCCAGCUUUGCAAUCAGUGGUGGUGGUAUAAUCGAUUCUAAAGAUUGAGAAACACCAAUUCCAUUUUUGUCAAACCUAUUGUGUUUCUGUCAUGGCUGUUAUUUAAAAUUUGUGUAUAU